AUGGUGGUGUUCACAACAUGCACGGAGAAGGUCUGUGCUUUCAUGGAGGCUAACAAGAAGAUCAAAAUGGAGUGCUUGGGUCCAGAUGUUUCAUGGCUUUUGUUCAAAGAGAAGGCUGGUGAAGAAUUCAUUGCAUCUGAUAAUCUAAUUCAACAGCAUGCAAAGGAUAUUGUGAGGGAAUGUGCUGGUUUGCCACUUACUCUUGUCACAGUUGAAAAAGCCAUGCGUACCAAGAUGACAGCACAAGAAUGGGAGUAUGUGGCUAGCAUGGUGAGGAAAUCAAAGUAUCAAAGCAUUCCAGAUACUAAUGAUCUCAUAGAAUGUUGGAUGGGGCAUGGUUUGUUAGAUGAUUUUGAUGACCUUAAUGAAGCUUACAACAAAGGUGGGAUCAUCAUUGGAAACCUGAAAGAAGCAUGCUUACUAGAAUCAGUCGCCCCAUCAUCUUGGUAUGAUGAAUACAAGAGCUAUGUGAAGCUUCAUGAUGUGAUCAGAGAUCUUGCCUUAUGGAUAACUUCAGAUUGUGGGAGAACAAGCAAGGAUGAUUUUACUUCCAUCAGCAUAUCUCCGUCACAGCUUGGAAGCAACAGCAUGACAAACCUUCAUGAAUUUGAAAUUUCCAAUAUCGAAAGCUUACAGGAAUUGGUAAUGACAACAGAAGGUGACAGUUCUUGUUGCCUUUCUCAUCUGAUCAAAUUAUCUUUACAAUAUCUCCCUCAUCUAAAGAAUGUCAUUUGGAAGGACUUGGAAACACACUUUUUUCUCCCCGGGCUGGUUUAUUUACAAAUCAGUGGAUGCAAUAGCUUGACUAACUUGCGCUGGACUGCUCACCUACCACGUCUUAAAGAACUCCGUAUAUGGGGUUGUGAUAAAUUGGAGAUUAUUACUAAAGCUUGUGAUGAUGCUACAAAGGUGAAUGAAGAAGAAGGUAACCUUUUCAAGAGUCUCAAGUUUUUGGAUCUUCGGGGAAAUCCAAAUUUGGAAUGCAUAUACAAGGGAGAACUAUCCUUGCCUUCCAUUGAAACGGUCAUUUUGAUAGGUCGUGACAAGCUGAGAAAGCUCCCACUUGGAUUUGUCAGUGCUAAGAACCUAAAGACCAUAAAGGUCUCAUCUGUCAUCUGGGACAACAUGGAUUGGGCACACAAAGAUCACUUCUCCCAUUUAGCCCACUUUAUCUAA